UAAUUCAUUUGUCUGCGUUUUCUUUCAACUAUUGAUAACCUUUCGGACAAUGCCGCUCGAUGCGAGAGCCAUCCGGAGCCCUAUUUGGCGGCGGCAAGGCAAAGCCAACGGCAACGGCAACGGCAACGGCAACGGCAACGGCAACGGAAAUGGGAACGGGAAUGGGAAUGGGAACGGGAAUGGGAGUGGUAACGGCCCUUUUGCCACAAGCCCGGAACAACCCAAAACUACGCAGCCACCAACACCUCCGUCCAAACCACCCAAAACCAACAUCGAAGUACCUCUCCUGCCAUCGCCAAGUCCGACAGGUAUCGUUGUCAAGCCCCAGCCUGCCAUGGAAUCGGCGCCCCCCGGAACAACAAACGUCCCGGGAACGCCCAUGGUAGAUGCAGCCACGAACACACCGACAAUGCUCGCCAGCGCAAAUGUUCCUACGAGCGACGGGGACCCGUCGAUGACGCCUAGCCCCAACUUUCUAAAAGUCAAUUCGUCGGUGUCGCUCCUGGGGUCCACCACAAUUCCCGCCAAUACGGCCCCUACGCCAAAGCCGUCUUCGAUUCCGAACACCAGCCCGUCCGGCAUUGCCGCAGGAACGGCAGCCGGGAUAGUAGGUUUGGCCGUCGACAAAUGGGUAGCCAGCAUGCUCAGCGAGCAGACAACACCUUCGAGCGGGAUUUUUACGCCUAGGCCAUCCUGGUGUCCUACAGCCCAGCUGCGACCUCCUCCGCAGACCCACUCCCGCCCCUCCGUCCCCGCCAUGAAAGAGCACGCAAUGGCGCGGCGGGUGUCCCUCGUUACAGCACCCGCCAUCACCAGCCCAUCGGACAGCGCGGCGGCCCAGCCUCGGGCCCUAUCAGUCCGUAACAGCAUGCGGUCCGUCACCUCGUGCUCGACGUGCCUGGCACCAGAGCAGCCGCUGCUGUUUAGGUACGCCGUUCCUACGAACAGCACUCAGACGCCACGGCCGACAGGAGAGGACUCAGGACCCGCCGGCGCCGAGAGAGGCGGCCCCGGCGACCGCGGCACCUCGCACCCUGGGUGGUCGGAAUGGUUUUAUCCUAACGACAGCGCCGCGGAACGCGAGCCUCAAGAGCAGCGGGCCAGCACGGGCAGCCUUGGCGCUCCAGCCGCCGAUGGCCCCGCUUGGGAGGAGGAGGGGGAAAUACGGCCGUCGGACGCAAAUGAUGGUGGCUCGUCGGAUUCGGAGAGGACGAUGCCGCGUCGACUUAUGUCUCUGGAUCCAGGCGUCAGCGAUCGUCCCAACAGUACUGUCAUAUUUCGGUUCUCCAGAGCCGUCCCUGCGACGCCGGGCUGGACUUCUGCUCAAUCAAAAACCACCUUUGUCCGUGCCAUUGUGAAACCCGACGCCCGUCUAUGGGGCCUGAGCCACGCCGCGAGUGAGAGCCUCGACGAUGUCCGUCAUAUUUCCGCCCUACCGUCCAUCCUCUAUCUGCUAUUGUGGAUCAGGAUGAGCUGCAAAAGGAUAGAUUUGUGUACGAACUAUCCUACGACGGAGGCCGUGAAGGAUUGGCUCCCGGCAUCCCUGCCCCAUGUGUCCAAGGCCGUCCCAAAAAGAAUCCAUGACUAA